AUGGGUGAAACAGCCGCUGAACCGAUGGAAGUGGACAAGACUUCAAAACCUAAGGCUAAUAUUCCAUGGUAAGCUCAAAGUUUCGCUUUUUUCUUUUGUUUUAUGCGUUAACUUUGGUAGCGAAGCUUAUUAAUAGGUUGCAGAAAAAUUAAAGGAAUAUAUUAAACCAAUUUCCUUCAGGGUAGAGAAGUAUCGGCCCAAGACGUUGGAUCAAGUUGCUGGAAAUCCACAAACUAUCGAGAGAUUCAAGUUCUUUGCAAGAAAUGGCAAUGUCCCCCACAUGGUCUUGGCUGUAAGUUUGGCUUCUUUCUUUUCAUCGAAGUUUAGGACGUUGUAGGAAAACGCUACAAAUAAGGAUUAUUACUUAUAAUCGUUUGAUUACAGGGUCCACCAGGAUGUGGAAAAACGACUACUAUUCACGCGAUGGCAAGAGAAAUGCUUGGAGAUCUCUACAAGAAAGCGGUAAUUGAGCUCAAUGCCUCGGAUGAACGUGGAAUCGAUGUUGUUCGACAGAAAAUAAAAGACUUUGCUGAGUGCCAUGUCACACUACCUUUGGGGAAGCACAAGAUCAUUGUUUUGGAUGAGGUUGACAGCAUGACUGAAGGUGCUCAGCAAGCCUUGAGGAGGAUUAUGGAGAAUUAUUCGAAGACGACAAGAUUCAUGUUGGCUUGCAACCAAAGUGACAAGGUUAUUGGUAUGUGUUUUGCCUUGUUUUUUUUUCUUUUUAGACAUCCAAGAACUUCGGUAAUAAACAAUAAUUCGUGUUGUUUUAGAGCCAAUCCAAAGUCGUUGCGCAAUUGUAAAAUACAGUCGGUUGAGUCGCGAGGAGCUAAUAAAAAGGGUGAAGAAUGUCGCCGAACUAGAGGGAGUUGAUUACACAGACGAUGGACUCGAAGCCAUCUGGCAAACCAGCCAAGGAGAUCUCCGAAUGGCAAGUGUAGUAUUACAAAUUUCUCUUCCAAGACUUUAUUGUAUAUAUCCUGACUCUCUCCUUUGCAGGCUCUGAACAAUCUCCAAUGCACCGCUUCGGGUUAUGGUCGAGUCUCGGCUGAUGUUGUGUAUAAAGUAUGCGAUGAGCCGAGUCCAGAAGAGAUCACUGAUUUCUUCCAAAGAUGUCAAACUGCUCAAUUCAAGAUGGCUGUCGUUUAUUUGGAGAAGCUCAGGAAAGACGGUUAUGCAUUUACUGACAUUCUAUCAGUUUUGAAUCGGACUUUACUCAAUGUGGACAUACCUGAAGUCCUAAAAUACGAAUAUAUCAAGGUAAUUUAGACUUCUUUUUGGUAUAAAUUCUAAAGAACAGUUACUAGAGCAUUUUGUUUGUUUUUAGGGCCAUUAUUACAAAGUAUUCUUUCAAAAAUCGUAUUUUUUGAGUGAUAUUAAACAUGGCCUAGAUAAAAUUAACGGGUUUGUGAUAGGGUGGGUCGGACAAAAGGUGGACGACUUUAUCAGAUAGCUCACCCACACCUUUUUUGACCUCUUUAGAGCAGUUUGUGUCAAAAUGACUGAUUAUUUACAUUACACAUGAUGAUUUCAGAUAAUUGGUCUCACUCAUUUGAAUGCCCUCAAGGGAAACGACGGAAAACUCCAACUUUACGCUCUGGCCGCCGAACUUUGCACGGCCACGGAGGGAAUCAACGCCUAA